AUAAAAAGCCACCAUACAAUAUCUGUGUAUCUCUAUCAACAUGUCUGCUUUUGAGGAGAGGCCACUGGUGGAACACGGCCAAGAUUUCUAUGAGCAUGAACAGGAGGGUAGUGGGUGUGGCUGUUUCCGAGUUCUUAGUUUCAGAUGGUGGCGGCGGCAGCACGACGACAACAACGACGGCGGCGAUGGAGGAGAAGGGUGGCUGAUGAACAAGUUGGGGAAGAUGAAGGAGGGUUCAGAAGUAAUUGCAGGGCCUAGAUGGAAGACGUUCAUUAGAAAGAUGAAUUUGAGAAAGCAGAAGAACAGGUUUCAGUAUGAUGAACAUAGCUAUGCUCUUAAUUUCAAUAGUGAGGCUAACAGUGAAGAAGAUGACGAAGACCUGGAUUUUCCCCCCAGUUUCACCUCCAGGUUCAUUGUUCCAAUUCGCCAUACUAAUUCUUAAACAUUUUUUUUUUUAAGAUUUGAUCUUUGUUGGUCGCUUUACAUGUAUGUGUUAUUCAUUUAUUUAAAGAUCAUUAU